CAUCUAGCAAAAUAUACGCACAACAAUAUUGACCGCACAGUAGGAAAUGAUUAUUCGAAUUCAAUCUGUUUCACAAUUCUACUUCUAUGCCAAAAUGGAUGAAGGUUGGUGAAGGAAGAAGUUGUGAAAACAAACUGUGAAUAGAAAAUUGCAAUAAGUGAUACGAUAUUGGUGUAGGACCGAACAAUAUACAAUACAUUUAGAAUUAGUAAUCAUGUCUAAAAGCAAACUGCACUAUCAAGUUGACAGCAGUAUUGUCGCGGUGAAAAGCAAAUUUGAUGCUGAUAUCAUAAGAUUUUCAAUCAACCGUAAUGAAGCUAUUAGUUAUGAAGAUUUUAGAAAGUUAUUGGCUGAGCGACAUGAUAUUGGACCAGAUUUGAAUUUUCUUAUUUGGUAUACAGAUCCGACUGAUGGUGAUUUAUUACCUAUUAAUAAUGAUAACAAUUUAGCGAGAGCUCUGCUUGCUGCGAAACCGCUUCUUAGAAUCUUUAUACAAAGAAAGGGAGAUGGAUUAGAAGAUAUAAAUGGAUAUGGAACAAUGAAACCAAAAAAUCUAAUAUCAAGUAUCCUUGGUGGCACACCUGGAAAACCAAAGUCUUUGGCUAUAUCUAAUCCGCAUGAUUUUAGGCAGGUAUCAGCAAUAAUAGAUGUAGAUAUAUUACCAGAAACAUGCCGUCGUGUACGUUUGCUGAAACAUGGCUCUGACAAACCAUUAGGAUUUUACAUUAAAGAUGGAGAAAGUUUUCGAAUAUUACCACCUUCUGCAGGAGGUGGUAUUGAAAAAGUUCCAGGUGUAUUUAUCAGUAGAUUGGUACCAGGUGGUUUAGCUGAAAGCACAGGUCUUUUAGCAGUAAAUGAUGAGGUUCUUGAAGUGAAUGGUAUAGAGGUUGCUGGAAAAACACUUGAUCAGGUAACAGACAUGAUGAUUGCCAAUUCUUCAAAUCUGAUAAUCACAGUAAAGCCAGCAAAUCAAAGAGCAGCAUUAGCUGCGCCAAGACGUGGUUCGUUUUCACGUAAUAGUCAACUAUCCUCUGGAAGUCAUCAAUCUACGCAAAGUGCUGCAACUGGCAGUGAUGAAGAUGCAGAUGAAAUAGUAGAUUUAACUGGUGUAACGUUACAAGAUGAUGCAACAACUUCCACAUCUCAGCAUCAUCAUUAUCAUCAUCACCAUCAUCAAAAUCAUUUUAACCACGAUCAAGGUGUUUUACAUUUAUAAAUGGCACACUACUUAAAACUUUUUUUGUAUUAUGUUAUGCUCAUUUGAAUAUUGGAGGAUUCAAUAUUCAUUCAUACAAAAGAAAAGAAUUUAGAACUAAGUAUAAAGGUAUAACAUGACAAUAAGAAGUUAAAAUAACGAAAUAUGAAAGACGGAAAAUUCGUAUAAUUAUUAUUUAAUAAAUAUAAUAAUAAUUCUGCUAUGGAAAUUGCUAUAGGAAAUGCAAUUUAUAAAAACAGUAUAUUUUUACAAAAACUUUUAGUGCCUUUAAAUUCAAUGCAUUAACCAUUGAAAUCAUUUAAUACUAUCAAUUAGUCUUAUUUUAUUAGUAUUUCGUCAAAAUCCAUUUUUAAAAUUAAUGAAUAUAUCGAAAGUGCUUUAUACGUAAAAUAAAUGAUAAGUAUUAGUGGUAAAAAAUAUGCUAUUUUUAGAAAUUGAAAUGAAAAUCAGAAGUAGAUGUUCGAAUUCUAUAAUUCGUUUAACAUGUAUUAUUUAUAUUAAUAAUUUUCGAAGGCAACUAUAAAGUAGCGUAUCUAGAAAGUAUUAAAACGACAAAAAUGUUUAAAAAAUAGUAAACCUGAUGAAGGUAAAAAUAAUGUACUUAAUAGUAAAACAUGAUAUAUUUUUCAUGUAAGGUUUUCAUAUGAUAACAAAGAUUUUAAUAGAGAAAUUUUUCUUAGUCGUUUGGUAUGAUUAAGAAAAUGAUAAUACAAGUAUUUACUGCGUACGAAAGUAUUAUUAGAGAGCAGCAAUGUUUUUAAAGUAUUAAAAUAAUAUUUAAGCAAUAAUGUGAAUUGCGAAUGAAGAUAAAACUUCAAAUAUCAGCAUUUACUUCUUUAUCGUAUAAUUUGUCUUAAUAGUAUAAUUAUUAAUGAUGUUAUUAAAUUCGGUAAUGUUUUAUUCAUUAUCCUAUAAUACAUUAAUAAUUUUAAUCAAUAAUCUUUUCGAUGAUUUUUUUUAAUGUAUAUAAUGCAAAUAACAAGGUUCAAUAACUUAAUUUAUCAAUAUAAGUAGAGAUCUUUAUUCAAGGAUAAAAAAUGUAUAUAAAAGUAGUUUAAGAGGACGAAUUACUGGAUAUGAACAUCUUAUUUUUCAUCAAACAUAAGCGUAAAAGAUCGAGUGGCCUUAUGCGUGGAUCAUUCCAAACAUCUUUUACAGAAAUACAAAAGUGAUUAUUUUUAUUGUACUCCAUUCAGACACGUCCAUUCGUAUAUGUAUUCUGUUUUCCUCUGCAAGUUUAAACUGUUAAAGUUUUUGAAUUUUAAUUCCAUUUUACAAAUGUUAUUUGUUGACUAAUUGAGCACUAGAUAUUGAAAUGUAAUGUACUUUACAAAUUUUAGAUAUAAGUCAAUUUUUUAAGGAUAAGAAACAUAUUUAUAUAUAAUACAUGUAUAAUAGUUUCUUUAUAUAUUUGUGCCUUCACUAUUCCGUCUAUUACUAUAAAACUGGAUUGUGAUCAAUUAUAUUGCAUUCCAUUUACAUAGUGUGUUUGUAGUGUAUGAAGAAUAUGCAGUCCAUGCGAAUUAUAUAUUACUUUUUAAAAUGAAACUUCAUUAAACACUUUCAUAUUUAUUUCGUUACACUUUUUAAACAAAUUAUCAGAUAUGUAUGUAUAUAAAAGAAAAGUUAGAAUUUUAUUUUAACACGGUUAUAAAACAAUUUCUAUGGUAAACAGUUUAGUUGCACAAUCAGAAAACAUUAUUCUUAUAAUUGAUGUAAUUAUUUUUAAGUUUACUGGUUCUAUUUCAUAUGAAUUAUUUUAAGUGUACAUGUUACAGAUAAACACAAGGUAUAAUAUCCAGUAAAACCUUAUGUAUAAAAUCAAGAAGUUUUUUGUGAAGGAAUAUAUAAAAAAGAUAAUAUGUAUUUUGAAAU